AUGAGGGAGGCGUCGGAGCCGACGAAGCUGGGACGGGAGAUGAGGGAGGCGUCGGAGCCGACGAAGCUGGGACGGGAGAUGAGGGAGGCGUCGGAGCCGACGAAGCUGGGACGGGAGAUGAGGGAGGCGUCGGCGCCGACGGGGCUGGGACGGGAGGUGAGGGAGCCGUCGGGGCCGACGGGGCUGGGACGGGAGGUGAGGGAGCCGUCGGGGCCGACGGGGCUGGGACGGGAGGUGAAGGAGCCGUCAGGGCCGACGAGGCUAGGACGGGAGAUGAGGGAGGCGCUGGAGCCGACGAGGCUAGGACAGGAGAUGAGGGAGGCGUUGGAGCCGACGGGGCUGGGACGGGAGGUGAGGGAGGCGUCAGAGCCGACGGGGCUGGGACGGGAGGUGAGGGAGCCGUCGGGGCCGACGGGGCUGGGACGGGAGGUGAGGGAGCCGUCAGGGCCGACGAGGCUAGGACGGGAGAUGAGGGAGGCGCUGGAGCCGACGAGGCUAGGACAGGAGAUGAGGGAGGCGUCGGAGCCGACGGGGCUGGGACAGGAGCUAUACAAGCUGAGUGCUCAGCCCAGCCGUCACCGGGGGCUGUACAAGCUGAGCGCUCAGCCCAGCCGUCACCGGGGGCUGUACAAGCUGAGCGCUCAGCCCAGCCGUCACCGGGAGCUGUACAAGCUGAGUGCUCAGCCCAGCCGUCACCGGGGGCUGUACAAGCUGAGCGCUCAGCCCAGCCGUCACCGGGAGCUGUACAAGCUGAGUGCUCAGCCCAGCCGUCACCGGGGGCUGUACAAGCUGAGCGCUCAGCCCAGCCGUCACCGGGGGCUGUACAAGCUGAGCGCUCAGCCCAGCCGUCACCGGGGGCUGUACAAGCUGAGCGCUCAGCCCAGCCGUCACCGGGAGCUGUACAAGCUGAGCGCUCAGCCCAGCCGUCACCGGGAGCUGUACAAGCUGAGAGGGAGCUCUGAGAGGGAGCCGCACAAGCUGAGCUCUCAGCCCAGCCGUCAGCGGGAGCUGCACAAGCUGAGCGCUCAGCCCAGCCGUUACCGGGGGCUGUACAAGCUGAGCGCUCAGCCCAACCGUUACCGGGAGCUGUACAAGCUGAGCGCUGAGCCCAGCCGUUACCGGGGGCUGUACAAGCUGAGCGCUCAGCCCAGCCGUCACCGGGGGCUGUACAAGCUGAGCGCUCAGCCCAGCCGGUCGGUGGGCCCGCAGGGGUACACCGUGGACCAGGUCCUCAAAGGCGUCGGGCGGCAGCUGUCUCAGAUGCUGCCCGGCCACACAACGAUGUGGAGCCGGGUGGAGAAGGUGCGCAUGCUGGAGCGCUUCACCGCCGCGGAACCGGCUCCGGGGACCCUCUACCUCACCGCCAACCCACCUCAUCUUCGUCGACCCGCGCAACAAGAAGGAGACUUGGGUGAGCCGGCCCGCUAUGGCACGAGGGACGGGGGCUUUAGGCAGCCGUGCAGCGUGCUUUGA